GGGAGGGGGCGGGGGGGAAUUGGCGGUGACACCGGCUAUGGCAGCAGUGGCGGCGCCGGGGACUUGGGCCCGUGCCCGGCUCGGGGUGCUGCCGGGACGGGUUUGUGCUGCCCUCACAGCCCUGCUUGGAUCCCAGAGACCCUUCAGCAGCAUCUUUAAGGCCUCCGACCUCCAAGUGGAGCUGAGCCAACACCUGAAGCCCCAGCCGGACCCUGGGGCUCUGGUGUUCGGGAAAAACUUCACGGACCACAUGCUGACAGUGGAGUGGAGCCAGGAGAGGGGCUGGGGUAGACCCUACAUCAAGCCCUUCCAGAACCUCACCCUGCACCCAGCCUCCUCUGCCCUGCACUACUCUGUGGAGCUCUUUGAGGGCAUGAAGGCUUUUCGGGGGACUGACCAGCGCAUCCGCCUCUUCCGGCCGACGCUUAACAUGGAGCGCAUGUACCGGUCAGCCAUGAGGGCCUGCUUGCCUGCCUUUGAUCAGGCUGAGUUGCUGGAGUGCAUUUGCCAGCUCAUCUCCAUCGACCAGGACUGGGUGCCCUGCUCUGACAGCGCCAGCCUGUACAUUCGGCCUACCUUCAUCGGGACCGAGCCGUCCCUGGGGGUGAGCAAGUCUGGCUAUGCCCUCCUGUUCGUCAUCCUGGGGCCGGUUGGGCCCUACUUCCCCACAGGGAGCUUCAGCCCCAUUUCGCUGCUGGCCGACCCCCGCUUCAUCCGUGCCUGGAUGGGCGGGGUCGGGGACUGCAAGGUGGGCGGGAACUACGGCCCUACCAUUUAUGUCCAGAACGAGGCUGCCAAGAAGGGCUGCCAGCAGGUCCUGUGGCUCUAUGGGGAUGAUCACCAGGUGACCGAGGUGGGCACCAUGAACAUCUUCAUGUACUGGACUGAUGAGCAUGGAGAUCUGGAGCUGGUGACCCCCCCGCUGAAUGGCAUCAUUCUCCCAGGAGUCGUUCGCCAGAGCCUGCUGGACUUGGGGCGCAAGUGGGGCGAGUUUAAGGUCUCAGAGCGGGUCUUCACCAUGGCCGACCUGCUUAAGGGGCUCCAUGAGAAUCGGGUCAAGGAGGUGUUUGGGUCGGGCACGGCCUGUGUCGUCUGCCCUAUCAACCACAUCCUCUACCAGGGUCAGAGCUACCACAUCCCCACCAUGGAGAAUGGCCCGGAUGUGGCCAAGCGCUUCCUGAAGGAGCUGACUGAUAUCCAGUAUGGCCGUGUGUCCAGCGACUGGGUGCACCCCGUCUGACCUGGGAUGGACCUCGCCUGCCCCUUGGCCCUGACUCCUUCACUCCAGAUCCUCUCUCACCCCGACAGACCCCUCCCACCCCCACAACCAGGGGCGAGGUGGGCUGUGGCUAUGGCUUUAAUUCUUCCCCAGUCUCAUCUGUCUGGGUCUGGAGCCUUCAUCUCCCCAGGUAUCCACCAACCCCCUCCCUGGAAUAUGCCCCUGCCUUGGUGUCACUCCCCCUCAGCAGGUACUCCCCUAACUGGACCUGUACCCCAAAAGAUCCAGGAACCCAAAGAUCCCCCCUGCUUGGGAUUUCAGAGUGGGGGCAUCUGCCUGUCUGUCCAGCCGGACCCGAAGACAGUGCCCCCCUCCUCUUUUUUUAAAGUGCAAUAUAUAUAUAUAUAUAUAUAUAUAUAUAUAGACCCCCCCCCUUCACCAACACACACUCCCUGUGGGUUUAAUGGCUCCCUGCUGUUGCCAUUAGCAAUGUCUUCUGGGUAAUCUGUCCUGCAAUGCAUUCUGGGAGACACCAGUGCCCUUGGCUGGGGCAGGCUUUGAGCUGUCACAAUACCUUCUGGGUAACUCAGAAGCAGUGCAUUCUGGGGAAUGUCGGUUCAGUGGCAGAGUGGUCCCCAGGAGGGUUGCAGUGCCUUCUGGAUAAUCUGCCCCGUAAUAUAUUCUGGGAGGUUCCCAUGUCCCAACAGGAGGACCCUGCUCACAGGUGCAAUGCCUUCUGGGAAACUGCCCCCAUGUGCCCUGCUGCCAGAAGUGUGGCAUUCUGGGAGAGCAUGUGGUACCCCAGGGGCGGGCAGGGAGAGGCUACCUGAAUCACUGCAAUGCCUUCUGGGUAGCGCAUCCCAGAAUGCUUUGCUCCCAGGGCAGAGGUGUCUGAGACAGACUGGACCCAGGGAGGGCGGGAGCUCAAGGAACAAUUAGAAUCAAAAGGCCUUCUGGGUAACGAUAUUCUCAGCAUGCUCCUCCUGCAGCAGUGCAUUGUGGGAAGGGCUGGGAGGGCCACCUUCUGCUGCCACGUCAUGACCGUGCCUUGGUCCCCUUUCCUAUUGCCCCUGCCUGGCUUAGAGCCCAACUGGUGCAAUGCAUCCUGAGAAACCACUCAUCUCCGCAGCCUGCUAACGGUUGUAAUGCCUUCUGGGUAAUUUAUACCCUGCCCCGCACUUUUGCUCCUGGGAGCAGUGCAUUGUGGGAGAGAUUGUCUGCCUUGGGGGGUGGCAGCUGGCUACGAGGUGUUUCAGGGGCUCCCCCUGCUCAAUUAUGAAGCUGGGGGACAUGCAUCCCAAUCUGGGCCCAUUUCCCCCACUGCCCCGUCCCCUCCAGUGGUAACAGCACAGUCGCUCAGUGGUUAAAGCUUCUUUUGUAUUAAAUGGAAUGUCAUUGGCUGAA